AUUGCUGACAUGGCCGCGAAGGCAGAAGUUUAACUAUGGUUUAACAACAUCUAAACGUAUUUCUAUAAAUAUUCGCAUAAGUUUCCCUGUUUUUAUGUGAUGUGGUGGUUGCCAUGGACCUACCAAGGAAACCUUUUUGGAAGAAACCGACAAAAUCGCCUGGCAGUAUCAAGCCAGUGUAUGGUGCCCAGCACCCACCAAUGAGUGAUCCAUCUAGUGCGGUGAUUUCUUCUUCAUCUUCGCCAAAGAAAGACAAGACACGCAUGCGGCGAAACUCGUUUUCAGAGUUUGCAAACAAGACGGAAGAUGCCUGGGAUGCGGGUGACGAUGACAUCUGUGUUCUAUCCGAUCCUGACAUCUACCAGCCUGACAUUUACAGCCUGACAUUACAGCCUGACAUUACUGCGCCUGACAUAUACAGGGUUCUGACAAUUACUGACAGCCUGACAUACAGUUUCGACGAUUACAGCCUUGACACACAGUCUGACAUUACUGAAGACCUGAGCAUUACCAGCCUGACAUUACAGCCUGACAUUACUCCUGACAUUACCAGUGCAAAUCUCUUCAAAGGCUUGCCGAGAGUGCCACACGGCUCUGACCGUGAUCUGAAACAACCAUCGAACCUCCUCGGCUGCCGACCAUCCAGUCCCACAUUGCUAGGCGGGCCGGGGAUCGGUGUGCGGCAGACGCCGGCGCCAUUCCGACACAUCCCCGCGUACAAGCGUCUGCUAGACAAGGACCUCGACAGAGAGGUCGCAAAGCUAGAGAAGUUCAAGAGCCUGCUGGAGGCUCCUAGUGCGGCUCGCGCCUUUAGUGGAACCUGGUAUCUUUCCUCCUGUAUUAACCCUGUUUAUAAAUUUCCUACGUUGAUGCUGCAGGGCUAUUUACCAGCGAACGUCGACAGAAGGAAAGGGACGCUAGAGCGUAAGAGGGCGGAGUAUUUUGGUUUCAUUCAGCAAUACUAUGACACGCGACACAGUGAUAUCCAUCAGGACACGUAUCGACAGAUUCACAUUGACAUCCCUCGAAUGAAUCCUCUCAUCUCACUCUUCCAGCAGGAGGUCGUGCAAGAGAUAUUUGAGCGCAUCCUGUACAUCUGGGCGAUCCGACAUCCAGCGAGUGGCUACGUUCAAGGAAUCAAUGACCUUGUAACGCCCUUCUUCGUCGUGUUCCUCUCCGAAGUCGUCGAUGAGAACGUGAAUGUUGAGAACUUUGACGUGACGCAGCUGCCUGAGGAGACCGUGCGUAACAUAGAGGGAGACAGCUACUGGUGCACGUCGAAGCUGCUCGACGGCAUACAGGACAACUACACGUUCGCACAGCCCGGCAUCCAGCUGAAAGUCAACGCUCUCAGCAAGCUAGUCAAACGCAUCAAUGCCCCGCUACACAAACACCUGGAUAAGAACUCUGUAGAAUAUCUGCAAUUUGCAUUUCGCUGGAUGAACAAUUUGCUCAUGCGAGAAAUUCCGCUACGAUGUACGAUACGGCUGUGGGACACAUAUCAGUCGGAGCCUGAAGGGUUUGCCAUGUUUCACCUUUAUGUCUGUGCAGCUCUACUGCUGGAAUUCUCUAGAGACAUUCAAAAAGAAAAGGAUUUUCAGGGCAUCAUGCUGCUGCUGCAGAACCUGCCAACGGCACACUGGGGCAAUGAGGAGGUGAGCCAGCUACUGGCGCAGGCCUACCAACUCAAGUACAUGUUUGCCGAUGCCCCGAAUCACCUGCACCCGAAGGCAGGCAAGAAGUAGUGUCGAUGACGAGGACUGAUUCUCGCUGAGAUAGCGCGCGCGUGUCACGCAUCCCGCACGCGCACAUGGGGGAGAGAGAGAGGCCUGUGUAAAUAUUUUUCUGGGGGGGUGAUUGUGAGCGAAGGAUCGUGGCGCGGAGGGUCACGCCAUGUCUCCGCGCGUUCGCUCGCCGUGUUCGAUGAUUCGUUUUGAGACGUUGUCGAGUUCGCGGCCCGAUGGCGGUCGUCUGCGAGCGACGCAUGUACACAGGAUUGUUAGCAGAGCGUGCUGCAAUCCUACAGAACAAUCGUGGUUGUUUCGUCCCUCUGCUGGACGCUGCUGAGCGAUGAGUCGGUGGGAGGGGGAGAAGGCUGUUCCCCUCUUUCCUGGGGAGGAGGGCAUGCAUGCUGGUACGAUGGCCUAAUACACAUUGCUUUGGAAGCAGACUAAUCGUGAGGUGACGGAAGCGUGGCGGACGGAUUUGUAACGAUGACGACCAAGAUGAUGUGAUAAAUCGGAUUUGUGUCCGACGAAAAUCUCGCACAUGUUGUUAAUUGUAUAUAUAUUUUGUUAGGUUUUCAGCAGGCAUGUGACGCUGGCGUGCAAUAGGACGCAAACUGGCUAGGUCACUGUGACAGAGCCAUCUGUAGCAGGACUGUCAGCCAUUUUGAAAAGAUUUCCCUCCUUAUUGCAAAUGAUCUAUGACAAGAUUUCCCCCCAUAUUGGAGACGAUCUCUUAUAUAAGCGGAAACAUAACCGUGCCUUAAAAUGCUGUCUCAUCUUAACUAUCGACUUAUCGCUCGUUACAAGGACCCCCUAAACGUCAAAUCAAGCGCUAAAUUCGAUCUUCCUCUGCUGAUGAAUUUGCGAGUUAUGGUACACUGUUUGUUAUCUAGACUAUACAGUCGCCUAGCUAAACAAGCAAAAAUCCAUUUCAACUAUGGAUGGGAAACAGGUACGAUGGUACAUACUGGAUUUGAUAGGAUACGAUUAAAUGUAGAAGACCUACUUCGUUGAAUGAAAGCUUUACUUAUGUCUCGUUCAUGGCUAACAUGACAAAUAUCAAAAUUACAAACCGUUGUUUAGGCCAUUUUGUGUGGUGUGCGAGAGGUGAUAACAACCACGUGCUAUACCUUGCCCUGCAGCUAUCUAUGUACUCGAUAUAUGUGACGAUUUAUUGUUGAGAUUUUUGGUAUGAACGAGUUGUAUAAGAAAUUCCGUUAUAAAUACAAAUUACAUAACAUCUCUUCAUCAAAUGUAACAACUGAAAUCGCAGAUACAAUCGAUGCCGGUGCGUGAACCUGGGACAUAUUACCCACCUCUCUCAGAACUGGUCACCUCUACAUAUCUAGGAACUCCUACAACUACCCGAGUUGGCAUACAUGUCAACCCCAUCGGAUGCCCACCUGUAUAACCUUCUGGAAAAAUCCAUAAAAUCCAUAAGAAAAAUGGGUCAUCUGCAUCGGACUCUGUGUAAAAGACGGAGCAAAACAGUCGCCAUUAAAUAAUAACAGUAUCCUGUAAAUAACCAAAAUUUUGUCCAGUAUAAUAAAAACAAGGUUAUAUGUUAUCAUAA